CUGAUGUACCCAAGUGGUGACGAGAAGGCGCGACAAGAUGUCGCUGUUGGGGCUAUUGUCACCAUGACCAUCCUUGGGAUGGCAUGUGUUGCCCUACGGAUCCAUACACGCGCGCGCAUUGUCCGGAAUAUGGGUAACGAAGAUUGGACGAUGAUUGUGGCUGCGAUACUCGCAAUGACUCUCGCGAUCCAACUACUUAUCUCCGUUAAAGUGUUCAAGAUGGGAUACAGUGGCAUGUCUUUGUCAAUGGAGCAAGCGGUGGCAAGCUCAAAGUUGGGCCUUUCCGUAAUUGUGGUGUACAAGUCUACCGUGACCUUAAUCAAGGCAUCUAUUCUAAUGAUCUAUCUACGCCUAUCGGUCACCAAGACCUUCGAAUGGCUUUGCAAGGGAAGCAUAUAUCUGCUCUUCACGUACCAGGCCAUCGUCAUCAUCAUAGUACCUCUAGAGUGUAUCCCCCUGCGCAAGAUGUGGGACUUCAGUGGCACUGUCCCUGGACAUUGCAUUGAUACAGCGACAUUUUACUACAUCACGUCUGCCUUUCACAUCCUAAUGGACGUAUGGAUCCUACUGCUUCCGUACAAGCUCAUCUUCUCUAUUCCACGCCCUACCCGAGAGAAGUUCGCCGUCUACGCCGUCUUCGGCCUCGGGGCUUUCAGCACCAUCUGCUCCGUCAUCCGCUUCUACUUCCUCGUUGUCGCGCUCAAUAGUAUGGAUCCUUACUACGACUCGCUUGGCGUCAACGUUUGGAGUGUCAUCGAAGUCAACGUCGGAAUCAUCUGCGCUUCGAUGCCCACUCUCCGGCCGCUCCUGUCCAGGGCCCAACGUGUCCGCACGAGGCACGCCUUGAAGAUGUCGGAGCAGAGCGAUGGGCUAUCCAUUCCUUGGAGCAGUAAGCGAGGUGGGUUGUUGCAGGUCAAGGAGAUGUUCAUCACUCUGGGUACCGUUACGGCUGGGACGUUCAAGAGCUCCAGAGAUUCUGUCUAUGAGGAGGAACAGUGGCGCGACGAGAAGCCGCCUCCGGUACCACCCAAAGAUUGGAGGGAACCCCGCCUUUCGUAUCCUGAUAUGGCCC